AUGCAAACCUACGUCACUCGGUCCAGCCAUUUCCUAAUGCGCAAGGGUCAGCACAAGAAGAACCUAACUGACCGCGAGUGCAACAACUUAGUUCAGCAUGUGCUAACAAAAGGCAAGAUCCCCAAGUGCGUCGCCGACGAGAUUGGAGCAUUGUUCGAUUGCACCCCAAACACGGUCCGGAGGAUUUGGCGGCGUGCAGCUGUAGACCUAACUGGUAACAAGACGAUUUGUCAAAGUGUCCAUCAACGCAAGAAAGGCAACAGCGGUCGCAAGCGUGCACACACAAACCUACCAGAACGGAUUCAAGCCAUCCCACAAUCCCGCCGGUAUUGCUUUCGGUCGUUCGCGCAUGUUUUGGGAAUUCCGAAGUCUACGUUGCAUUGUUACUUCAAGCGCGGUGUCAUUGCCAAAUACUCAACUGUUCUGAAGCCGAUUCUCACCGAGUCGAACAAAGUGUGCAGGCUUCAGUGGGCCAUGAACCAUGUCAAGGACAUCGACGGCGCGAAGUUCUUCGACCCCAUGCUCGAUACGGUCCACGUUGACGAAAAAUGGUUUUAUAUGACACGCAUGAAGCGAACUGUGUACGGAGCUCCAGGCGAGAAGAUCAAGCAAAGGUUAUGCAAGUCGAAACGACAUCUAUUCAAGGUCAUGUUUCUGUCCACUGUGACCCGACCGCGUUGGGACGACACAAAGAACGAAUGGUUCGAUGGCAAGGUGGGCACUUGGCACUUCAUCAAGGUUGUUCCCGCCCAGCAACGCAGUGUUCGACGAGAUGCUGGCACCCCUGUCAUGAAGACCGUACCUGUGAUCCGCGACACGUACAAGGCAAUGCUGAUCCAACAUGUCAUACCUGCCAUUCGAGCCAAGUAG